AGAUAGAGAAGCCAUUGGGGGGUUCGGGGUGUCCCGUGCAGGCCGAAGGGGAGUCGAGGAAUCCGGGGACCCCUGGCAGUGCAGGGAGGGCGCUUGAAGGCGCGGGGCUGGGACCCCUGGCAGUGCAGGGAGGGCCCUUGAAGGCUCGGGGCUGGGACCCCUGGGGGUGCCGAGGGGUCCCGUGACAGCUCUGCGGGGAGUCCAGGGGGGCCCUAGAAGUAGAGCCAUGGCCACCCGGCGUUUAACAGACGCGUUCUUGUUGUUGCGGAACAACGCGAUCCAAAACCGGCAGCUGCUGGCCGAGCAAGAGCUGGAUGAGCUUGCUGAUGAUCGCAUGGCACUAGUAUCAGGGAUCAGUUUAGAUCCCGAAGCAGCAGUUUAUGUAACAAAGCGGCUACCUCCCAAAUGGGUUGAUGGAGUGGGAGAAAUUCAGGAUGAUAUCAGUAGGAUUAAACAGAAGAUGAAAGAAUUAGCCAGUCUUCACGACAAAUAUUUAAACAGACCUACUUUGGAUGAUAGCAGCGAAGAAGAACAUGCAAUAGAAAUUACUACCCAAGAGAUCACACAGCUAUUUCACAGAUGCCAGAGAGCAGUCCAGGCCUUGCAGAGCAGGUCACGUAAUUGUACAGAACAAGAAGAACGUGUUCUCAGAAACAUAGUGUCUUGCUUAGCACAGUCGCUUCAGGACCUAUCCACCAACUUUAGGCAUGCACAGUCUGACUAUCUCAAACGCAUGAAGAAUCGAGAAGAAAGAUCCAAGCAUUUCUUCGAUACGUCAGUCCCGCUUAUGGAUGAUGGAGAGGACAGUACUCUUUAUGAUAGGGGUUUUACGGAUGACCAGUUAGUAUUGGUGGAACAAAACUCAUUAAUGGUGGAAGAGCGGGAACGAGAAAUCCGCCAGAUUGUACAAUCAAUCUCUGAUCUCAAUGAAAUAUUUAGGGACCUUGGAUCAAUGAUAGUGGAACAGGGUACAGUUCUGGACAGAAUUGACUACAAUGUUGAGCAGUCGUGUGUAAAAACCGAAGAGGGAUUGAAACAAUUACAUAAGAUAUGGCAGGCUGCAUUAAGCACUCUGAAUCCAAAUCCCACCGACAACUGUCCCCUCUACCUGAACUAUGCCACCGUAGCUGCUUUACCUUCCAAGGUUAGCAGACACAAUAGCCCAUCUGCAGCUCACUUCAUCACCCGCCUUGUUCGAAACUGUCUUCCAGGAGGCAUCAACAGAUGUAUUGUUGUAAGUGACAAUUAG